UCUACAAGUUUAUUUAACCUACCAGGUAGGUACAUAUAUUUAACUUCAUGAAAAAAAGUUAAUGUCAGCUCUAAAGUCUAUGUAGGUAAGCUAGAUGAGCAGGCACAUCUACAGCAUACCUAUUCUACAUGUAGGCAUUAAAGUUUGGCAACGGCUCCCUUACAUCGGUUUAAAGACCCUAGGUAUAUAUUUAUAUAUAUAUAUAUAUACCUUCGUAGCUAGUUAAUCAACAACCAGUUGACAUGUCUACCUACUUAUACUCGUUUUCUAGCCGAAGCCUUGCGACGCGGUGGGCUUCUCCGACUAUCGUAUGCGCCAUAUGUCGCCGAUCAUUUUCCUCGAGCUCGUUACUCAGUAGCGGCCAUAAUCGUUGGUCUAAGAUCCGACAUAAGAAGGGCGCUGCCGACGCAAAGAAAAAUGUUCAAAACACCAUUUUCUCCAAGAACUUGACGCUCUACUCGAAACUGUUUGGCCCUGACCCGCGUCUGAACUCGCGGCUGGCUACAGUUAUUGCGGCUGCAAAGAAAGCUGGUAUGCCUAAGGCCAAUAUCGAUAUAGCAAUCGCACGAGGUCAGGGCAAGUCUUCGUCCGGGGCGGGCCUUGAGAGUCUUACUGUCGAAAUCAUGAUGCCAUCUUCCGUAGCGAUCGUUGUUGAAGUGGAGACCGAAAAUAAGCUACGCGCUUUACAAGAUCUCAGAGGCAUAAUCAGGAAAUGUGGGGGUACAAUGACACCGAUCGCAUUCAUGUUCACGAGGUUGGGACGCAUCAUUCUGAAAGGAAACAGCGAUGACGACUUCGACGAUAUCAUGAUGCAGGCGCUCGAAGCAGGUGCCGAGGAUGUUGAGCAAGACGAAAACGGCGAUAUCGUACUCUUGACACGGCCCAAUGCUAUCCACCAAGUGGCGCAAACUAUGAGCGAAGCACUCUCCGCAGAGAUCUUGGAUUCUGAUAUUAUAUGGUCUCCAGCAGCAGAUAGGGUCAAACUUGAUGAUCCAGCCACUGCUACAUCUAUAAAUUCGCUCUUGACGGCGUUACGGAGCGAAUCUGAUGUCCAAGCUAUCUAUGCGAACGUCGAGCAAGGAGCUGUGUCCGAAGAGGUCUGGGAAACAAUAGAAGAUAACCUUGAUAUGUAAUCCGUAACAUUUGCUGUACAAUAUGUGUCUGUUUGUUAUAGGCUAUAGCGGUGCGACACAGUCCUAUUCGUCUACUUUGUUUUUCUUUUUCCUUUGAAGAGCAGAGUGUUCGGAUCAGGGUUCGAGAAAUGCAAACGUCUUGCAACCCUGGUCUGAUGUCUCAAUCCCAUUUUGUACUCCUAAGCGCCGUCGAUGUCGAUGCAUGGCACAACCGUGACAACCCUACUAUCAUACAUAAAAACCUCGGAGAGCUUUGAGCCGCCGUCACCGGAUGGGCCAAUCUAGGUGUGUCCCUAGGGCCUAUCGCUUCCCUGAUUCUCACUUGGCGACGGCGGGGUUUGCCGAGCCUCAGUUUCAAGCCUUCUGUCUCUAAGGUAUAACCGCCGAGCACGUAAUCGUUGUACCUCUUCAUGAAUCUCGUCUCUGUUGAAAGGCACCUUGUUCGCCUGCUCCGGCUUGGGCCAGAAAUCGGGCACGGCGAAUCGUUCGUCGAGAUUCGUCCCGAAGUAGUACAUGAUGCCAAUUGGGAACAUGACAUACAUGCCGAACUAUCACAGUAAACAUACCAUACCGAUAAAGAGAAAAUAGCAGCGGCUACUAACCUUGAAGACUUCUAAGUUUAAGCCACCCAUCGCGAAGUGCGUAGAGCUUAAAUGCCUAGGUGAGGGUUAACAAGAUAGCUUUUAGCUCUCGUAGAAGAGGUCUGUCUGGUCGCAAAAUCAAUGAUCAUAUGCAGAUUAGAAAUAGACG